CAAGGAUGAAGGGAUACAGCAGACGAUGGGAGUUCUCGGACCAGCACACGGUGGAGGAGAGGAAAGGGCUAGCUCGCCGCAUGAAGCGCCACCAGCCAGGCAACGUGCCCGUCGUGCUGGGCCGCGCCGCGCAGUGCCGCGUGGGGACCUACCAGGAACUGCGGGUGAGUGCCCCAGGACACAUGAGCCUGGCACAGCUGCACCUCGCGCUAAGAACCCGGAUUGAGGUGAAUCCCCGCCACUCCAUCAUUUUCUUCAUCGGCAACACCCUGGCGCCUGUCACCUGCACCUUGGCCAGCCUGUACCACAACCACGCCAACACAGAUCACUUCCUGUACGUCACCUUCUGCGAGGAAAACUUCCAGGGCUAAGGAAACAAGUGAUGUGCCGGACACCGAAAGCCAGUCUCUCUGUUUGUGUUUGUCAUAUGUAGCUGUACUGAUCACUUUCGUAUAUGUUGUAGUCAUCUAUAUUUUUUAUACUGAAAUAAACGUAAAUUUUA